AUGGUAAAAUUUCUGCUGCUUGCUUUAGCAUUUGGACUGGCACAUGCUGAGUUUGAAGGAGCAUGGGAAUCUGUUGCUAUCGCUGCUGAUAGAGUAGACAAGAUAGAGAGAGGUGGAGAACUGAGACUCUAUUGUCGUAGCCUUACCUGUGAAAAUGGAUGCAAGGAAAUGAAAGUCACAUUUUAUGUCCUUGAAAAUGGACAGUGCUCAUUGACCACAAUCACUGGGUAUUUGCAAGAAGAUGGCAGGACCUACAAAACUCAGUUUCAAGGGGAUAAUCAUUAUGAACUUGUGAAGGAGACACCUGAGAACUUAGUAUUUUACAGUGAGAAUGUGGACAGAGCUGGCCGGACAACAAAAUUGCUAUUUGUUCUUGGCCAUGAAAGUUUAACUCCUGAACAAAAGGAAGUAUUUGCUGAACUUGCUGAAGAAAAGGGAAUUCCACCUGAAAACAUCAGAGAUGUCCUGGUUACAG